UGUCUGUCUCUCUGUCUGUCUCUCUCUCCCCCGGUGUGCAGGGUUUAUGUGGUGUUUUCUCCCCACGGUCUCUCGGGGAUGCGGGAGUCUGCGGAUCAAUCAGGAGAGGGCUAGCGCUGUGACGUCAACGCCACCGCCGCCACGAGCAAGAGCGCACGGGGGCAACCGCCCCCCCAUCCAUUUAGCGUUAGCUAUCUGUGAGCUAACCGUAAGCUAACGCCAGCUAUGUCCCCUCACCGCUGGCUCCUAUCGGAAAUAAACCGCUUAUUGCAAUGACCUGGCUGACUCACACCGAACUGGGAGCAUGGCAACCGUUUGGAUUGUACACACUAUAAUAAUAACCGGGAUCGCAAUGGUGCAACGGAGCGAGGUAGGAGGUCAGAGAGAGGGUUUAUCCGUGUUUACUAACCGAGCCGCCGCCGCAUUGAACGCCUUCACCUAGCCUCAUUAGCUUCUUAGCGGCUAAUCCUCUCUUCAAAAUAAACGACCGGUUCGUUUAACAGCAGUAAUUGCCUCUGCAGUGGGUCGCAGUUGUGUGUGUGUGUGUGUGUGGGGGGGUGUUUUGUUUUAACAGCUAGCUGCUCUUUUCGCCACCAUCCAACGCUGAGCUCCUUGGAGACGUGAGGUGUUGCUAACCCUUUUGUAGCCGUUUUAAAAAUAAAUAAAUGUCAUUCUCCACAUGUGUCUGUCAGGCGCAGUGACACAAUAUAACCAGUAACAAUGAGGGGCGUGCGUCACUGAUGCCAGGUGCGGAGCUGUAGCUGAGAGCACUCAGGAUGAGUGGGGCUGGAGAGCACACAGACAUCCUGUCAGUGGCAGACGUGGUCAGAGACAGAUGGAAAGUGACGAGGAAGAUAGGUGGAGGAGGGUUUGGGGAGAUCUACGAGGUUCUGGAUCAGCUGAGCCAGGCCACUGUUGCCUUAAAGGUGGAGUCGGCUCAGCAACCCAAACAGGUGCUGAAGAUGGAGGUGGCCGUGCUGAAGAAGCUUCAAGGCAAAGACCACGUGUGUCGCUUUGUGGGCUGUGGCCGAAAUGAUCGUUUCAACUAUGUGGUGAUGGAACUACAGGGGAGGAAUCUGGCAGACUUGCGCAGAACCAUGACCCGCGGCACCUUCUCCGUCUCCACAACUUUGAGACUUGGCAAGCAGAUUUUAGAGGCCAUUGAGAGCAUCCACUCUGUAGGCUUCCUGCACCGUGACAUUAAGCCCUCUAACUUUGCGAUGGGAAGACUGUCCGGUACUUGCAGAUGCUGCUAUAUGCUUGAUUUCGGUUUGGCCCGUCAGUUUACCAACUCCAGCCAGGAAGUCCGUCCACCUCGUCCUGUGGCAGGCUUCAGAGGAACUGUGCGAUACGCUUCAAUCAAUGCUCACAAAAAUAAGGAAAUGGGUCGUCAUGACGACUUGUGGUCCCUUUUCUACAUGCUGGUUGAAUUCAUGGUUGGUCAGCUGCCCUGGAGGAAAAUUAAAGACAAAGAACAAGUAGGAAAUCUAAAAGAGACAUAUGACCAUCGACUAAUGCUAAAGCACCUUCCCUCAGAGUUUAGUACUUUCCUGGAUCAUAUCUUGACCUUGGAUUACUUCACUAAGCCUGACUAUCAGCUCCUGAUGUCAGUGUUUGACAGUGCUAUGAAGAGCCACAACGUGCUGGAGAAUGACCCUUAUGACUGGGAGAAAUGUGAUUCAGAGGAUAUGCUGUCCAUCACUGCCGCAGCAACCACUGCUCAGCAACUCACUCGCCUCACCCCAGCGUACUUGGGCAUGGCCAAUGCUUCAGUGCUGCCGGGCGAGCUGCAGAGGGAGAACACAGAGGAUGUCCUACAAGGGGAGCGCCUCAGUGAUGCUGACAACUGCCCCCCCAUCCCCACGCCAACCACCCCUGGUGCAGAUGUAUGGGAGGAAAUGGACCGCAACCGAAACCAUAAACACGCCCAGCCGAUGAUCAGGAAGGUGGUGAGUGAGGAUGAACACAGUCAGAACCAGGGGAACCAGAGCCCCAACACCGGCUCCAUGCAGAGUUCUCCUAGACGGGUGCGAUCAGAGACCAUGUUCUUGGAUCGGGCUGCGCCACUUCUCCGGAGGAUGAAACACAGUCAGAGCCUGGCGUUGGAAAAGAGGCUUGCACCCGAACCGAAGCCCACCAUCGAACGCUUCCUUGAGGCCUACUUGGGCAAACACCGUCCUGUCCUUUCUCAAGUCGGGGAAAAAUCCAUUCCUGAGAGGGUACACGGGCAGCAGACGCCUUCCCGCAACGAGGAGCACUCUGGCGCAGGAACCCCUGAUCCAGAGGAAGGCGCUGCGAGCAGUGGCUUUGUGGCAGUGAACCUCAGUCCUGUACCCCAGGAGGGAGACUCUCAGGAGUGGGUGAUGCUGGAGCUAGAGCAAGGCAGCGGUUCUGGAGCCACCAAGCCUCCAGGUGAGGCCGUGUUUGAGGACAAGCCUGGGACUCGCACGCCCGCUGAGAUGGAGAACCAGUCCUCCGAGCCACACGAUGCCCAGUCCACAGCAGUGCCGAGCAGUCCUGUGCUGUCGCAGAUGUCCAUGCCCGGCACAUGGUUACUGGGCCACAGGAGGCUGCCGGGGAUGCUGGGACAAAUGCCCUCAGUCAUUAUGGGAAGACCUCAGAUGGACCAGUCCUCUAGCUGUGCGCCACAGUCCCCGGUACAGGAGAGGAGCGAUGCGAUACCACUAGAGGCACCAGCAAGUAAAUCUGACAAAGUCCCAGAGGAAAUCUUAAAAGAUGGAGGUAGGUUGGAGUUAGCUCCAGUGCCAAGCCCAGCCAAAGGCCCCACUGCUCAUCUGACAAACGACAGAGACCCAGAGAGUGAUUCUGGUCUGCCCGAUCGCUCCUCGGAGCCGAAUCAGCAGCCUCAAGCUGACACAGCGGGAGGCGCUAUGGAGAGCACCGUCACCGUCUCUUCGUCUCCGCCCCCAGCUCUGCUGAGGCGAAGAGACUCUCCGUCUUCCCCGAGACUGAGUCGAAUCCCAGUACGAGACCCCAGCACCCCCCUGGACUCUCCGAGCAGGGACCUCCACAUGGAGAGGCGUCAUCGCUGGAGCAGUCCGGUCCCUGGCUCCCCCACCCACUCACCCUCUCCAUCUCUGUCCUGUGACAAUCUGCCUUGCGCUUUGCCGAGAGACAGGCUCUGCUCAGAGCGAGGUUCCAGGUCCGACUGUGUGGGAGAAGACCCUCUCUCUCUGUCCUCCUCAUCAGGUAGUAAAAGUAAGAUCCCACGUCCUGUGAGCGCCACCUUUAUACCCGAGCAACUCACUAGCAGGUUUCUGCCUCGGCCACCUCCUGGGAAACCACCCAUCCGCCUGUGUGUGGACAACAGGAGACGGCGGUUAAGAGUGCGUGCCAGCAGCACUAGCGACGCAGACUUCCUGGCCAGUCUGACUCAGCUGAUGCAGGACCGCAGCGGGAUGCUCUUCAGCCCUCCUCCUCGCCCUCGCAGCUCUUCCUCUUCCCUGCAGCGCUCGCUAAGCUCCUCCCCUUCCCGCCAGGAGUUGCGCGACAGCGGCGCUCUGCAGGGACGCAGCCGCUCUCCGUCAAGCUUUUCCAGCUCCCCUCCUGCUCGGCACGUUCACCCACAAGACAGGUCUGGUGUUCAGGGUCAGUGGGGCCACAGCUCCAGGGGAAGGGGUCAGAUCCACGAGGGUAAAGGCUCUGGAAAAGUGAAUCGAUGACUCUAUUUGACAACAAGUGACUGAUCCGGAUGGUGCAACUGUAGCGAGAGGCUGUCUCACAUCCAGUCCCUGAUAGCAUGUGUAAAUACGGUAUUUACUUAAGGGAAUGUACUGUAUGUAAUGUAAAAUGUAUGAUAAAUUGUAUUUAUUUAUUUAUUUGUUGGAUGUGUCUCUCGAAAAUACUUGACGACGUGGCUUGAUACCUGCAGUUGAAACUAAAAGGUUGAGAAAACCGUAAGAUUGCCAACUCUUUACCUCUCAUUUCACUCCUCUCUUAAAAAUCCAUAUAGGCCUAAUAUGAGACCAAAAAGAUAAUGUUUAAUACUUGAGGGAUGUAGAAAUGAUGCUAAUUGUAGAUAUGUACCAUUAACGAGAUGGUAUACACUAAUAGAAACCAUGUACUCACGUUAAGAACACUAAUAGUAAAUAACACCAGAAGCAGUAUACCAACAUCAGCAUUCAUGUACAGAACCAGGGCAUGCAGCCCCAUAUUGACCUCACUCCUGUAAAACAGCUAGAUUAAUUAUUGUAUGUAACAAUGAAUUGCUCAUCUGGCAUAUCACUGUGUAGUAGUGUGCUUUUACUUUGCUAGAAAAAAUGUCAUGGAAAAAGGCAUCAGCAUAUUAGAAUGUACCUGUAUUUGCACUCAUACUUAAGUAUUGUAAAAGUGCAUGAGUAUCAUUGCAAAUGUUUGUUUGUUUUUUUUAUUCGUUUGUACAAUCCGCUAAGGCAUCUGUAUUUUUAUUGAGCUGCUUAAAUACAUCAUAAUGUAGACCAGCAACGAUGUGCAUAUUUAUUUCUUACAUCAAGUAGAUGAUAAGGGAAGAAAACUGAUAUAAAUGGAACCUUUUCAUCAUG